AUGGCAUAUUCUACAGGUAGAGGAGGUGCUGGUAACAUACAUUCCAAUAAAAACAAAACAUCAGAAAAUAAUGUUCUAACUCCACAAAAAUCAACAACAUUUUCCCCACAACAAUCAAAUGAUGAUGGUAGUACACCACUUCAAAAAGUAACGUCACAGAAUAAACGAGUAUAUUAUUCCACUGGUAGAGGUGGUGCUGGUAAUAUAAAAACAUCAGAUCAAUUACCUUCACCAACUUUAAUUCCUCAAGGUUCUAAUACUCCUCAUUUACACACAGCUAAAGUUUCCACUGGCCGAGGUGGAUAUGGUAAUAUGGUGAAUAAUGAUGAUCCAGAAUUAACAAGAAAACUACAGGAUGUUGAUGGAGAACCAGCAUCACCAAAAGAUGAUCUUUAUGCUAUAACCUCAAAUAAAUCAUUUAGUGUCGGUAGAGGUGGGUUUGGUAAUGUCAUUUCUAAAAGUAGAUCUACUGAUAGUCAAAAAGAUGGUAAUGGUGGUAAUGGUAGUGGUGCUAUAGUGCCUGAAUUAUAUACUGUGACUUCUCAACCAGAGAAAAAGGUUAAAAAGAAACAAGGAUUUUUGGGUAAAAUAAAAGAGAUAUUCACAUAG